GCGAUGGGUUUAUAAGUUUCAAAGAAUACCUCAACAUAAUGAGAGAAAACUACAAAGAGGUAGAUUUAGAACGAGAACGGAUGAAGGCUGCGUUCAGUUAUAUAGACAAAGACAAUGACGGUUAUGUGACACUAAAGGAGCUUAAAGUAGUCCUCUGUCACAAAAACCAGGAUAUCACCGUACAGGAGAUAGAGGAAUUCUUUAAAGAAAUUGACAUAGAUGGGGAUGGAAAGAUUGACUAUGAAGAAUUCAUCGAGUCCGAUUUAUGCAAUAGUGUAUUUUGA